GUUUCCGCCGGGAAACAUUUAAGCGACGCAACUUCCGUUCCACAUGUUCCCGUGACAUUAGCUUUUGCCGACAUUGUUUUAUUAAAAUAAUCUCUUUUUUUUGUAAACAUGAAGCUUCUUACGCAUAACAUGCUGACGUCUCACGUCAAGGGCGUAACGAAAGGGUAUCCGCUGCUUAUCAAGGCAACUGAGGUGAAGGUGAACGAGGUGGACUUUAACGCUCAGUUCGUCAGCCGCAUGAUCCCCAAACUUGAUUGGAGCGCUCUGCUCCAAGCUGCGGACGAGUUGGGUCAGCGACAAGAUCUGCCCAGUGAACUGAUGGCUGACUUUGAGAGCAAUGAGGAGUUCCUCAAGAACGUGCAUAGAGUUCUCUUGGAGGUGGAGGUGAUUGAGGGCUGUCUGCAGUGUCCCGAGUCAGGACGAGAGUUCCCCAUCUCCAAAGGGAUCCCCAACAUGCUGCUCAAUGAAGAUGAGGUGUAGACACAUACACUCUGACAGACUGGACUGUGAGUGCGUGUUCUGAAAAAGGAGGUUGGAGUGUGGAUCGGGUUGACGCCGAGAGAUAAUCGGCUCGUUAAUUUUUACUUUUUGCUGUCAAAAAUGGCCCCAAUUGGACAUUGAACCCCGUGUUGUUUUAUCUGUAUUUAUUUUUGUCAUCUUCUUUUUUUUUUUU